ACUAUUAAUUUAGAAUUACCAAUAGAUUAUUAUUUAUUUGGUCUAUCUCUCAUACGUAUUUCGGUCGUCGUGAAACAUGGACUACAAAGCCGGUCUUCUAGUGUUCAUCACCCUUCUAAUUGGCAGCUUUGCCUUUCCAACGCCCGAAAAUGACAUGUCUAUCUUCUUCGACCACACCGACGCCAACGCCCGUAUCGUCGGUGGCACCCAGGCGGCAGCUGGCAGCCACCCUCACAUGGUGGCUCUGUCCUUCGGUGCUGAAGUGAGGAGCUUCCUCUGCGGAGCAUCACUGAUCACUCAACGCACUGUCCUCACUGCUGCUCACUGCAUUGAUGUCGUCCAUGGCGAGAACGGGCUGAUUGAUUCUUUCCGUGUGUCCGUUGGAUCGACGCAAUGGAACAGUGGCACCAAAUAUGCUGUAGCCUACAACGUGACCCACCCUGACUAUGACUUGGGGACUAUCAAACAUGACAUUGGUGUCCUCAUCACUGCCACGAAUGUGGUUCUCAACAACCUGGUGCAAACGGUUCCCGUUACCUAUGAUUACAUUGGUGGAGGAGUCGAAGCCAUACUUGGAGGAUGGGGCAGAAUCAGGGCCGGCGGCCCCUUGUCCCGCGACCUGCUAGAACUGAGAACCACCACCCUUGACGGUGCUGACUGCAUGAUACGCGCGGCCCGUGCUGCUGUCGUGCUGAACAUUUGGUACGCUCCACCAGUUGAUCCUCAUGCCGAGGUCUGCGCUUUCCACUCCGCUGGAUUUGGCGCUUGCAAUGGUGACUCUGGCAGUGCUUUACGUCGUGCUUCCGAUGGCCAUCAGUUCGGCGUCGUGUCCUGGGGCUUCCCUUGCGCUCUCGGGGCUCCUGACAUGUACGUCAGGAUUAGCUCUUACCAGAUCUGGUUGAGAUCUGUCAUCGUCUAGUAUUGAAGAUGGUUAUGAAGAAUCGGUUAACUGUAGUCAUUAGUGAUGAAAAUUAUUUUGAAUAACAAGUGAAUAAGUCUUGUCUGUCUUUACAUUGAUUGUAAAUAAUAAACUUAAGGAAUUAUAAAGGUUUUUUUUAUUAAUGCAAUUAGUUUGGGAUAGUCAAGAGAAUGACGCCGGAUUAAAUGAUACCAGUGAGGUAGGAGCGUAAGCAGUUGGUAUGCAUGUACAAAUAAAUGAAAAUAAUUAAAAAACAUAUGUAUGUAAAAAUAUGAGUAAAAAAACAUCUUGAGUUUUUAAAAUUAUUUUAUGUUUCUUCUUGCAACGCCACGCUUUUUAACCCUGAAGGGGUCGGCAGAGGUGCACAUUACAGCAAGUACCCCAUACAUACUAUGUACACCCGCUUUUAACCAUUUGUGUUAUAAAUUCCAUGUAAUAGUGGGUGAGCCUCCGUGCUACUACUGAGAAAUUUUCGAAAAACCGUAAAAAGCGAAGUAAUGCUUUACCCGACUAGAAUCUGAGACCCUUUGUCCGGCAGUCGCGUCGACGAGGCAGUCAUAAUUGUGAUCUGCUAUAUAUUUUAUUAAUAAUUAUAGAUUUGUGCAUUAUCAUUAUAAGUUGGUUAUCUCUGGCCAAACCCCUUUCAGAUAGCUAUAAUAACAAUGAUCUGAUUAAUAAUCUGGAAAAGACUGGUUUUUCUAUAGUUCAAAUAGAUUAAAAUCGAGAGCCUAUACAAACAAUGCAAUAUUCAAAAGAAAGGACCUAAUAUGCUACCCUGGGGUACUCCAUACCUAUAAUUAGUUGUUAUUAUGUUUCUUUGUUAUAUUUUGAUUCGUCUGUAGUAUUAUAUGAUUUUAUUACCAUUCGAUGUAGAAUCU